UAUAGAAAGUGAAAAUCAGUAGACCGUUACCUUGAACAACAACAAAACUGCAAACAUCGUUUUACUUUUUUCUAGUCUUUCUUCAGUGAGUGUGCAAGUGGACGCAUAUGCAUUUUUUAUAUACAUACUACAUGGCACAGAUGUACGACCUGAGCUCUGCUGUGCUUUCUCACUUAAUGUUAUACAAGUACUUCCUGACAUGAAAAAUUCUUCAGUUUUUAGUUGCUGAGUAUUUCUAACAUAUUUAAUUUCAUACAACCAACCACUAAGCCAGAAAAAGCAAAUCAGUAUGUAUUGAAAGGCAGUUAUUAAAAAAAUCAACUGACAGAGUGUUUCUUUUAACAAAGGAAUGUUCUUACUUUUUCAAAUGCUUAGCAGUAACCAGGCCUUCACAAGCUUGGAAGGGACGACUUAGAGAGUGUUUCCGGUAAAGGCCUUGUAGAACCUAGUUUGUAUAAUCUUAUAGUAAAAGCAAAUAACUCAAAUGUAAAACGGAGGCAAAUUGCCCAGAGGAAAUGUAAAUUACAAAAUAAACACUUUUCAGUUUAAUGCCACAAGUCUGGCUAUAUUCUACAUUACAGUAGGGCUAAUCCUUCUGUCCUCCUUAUAUUACAGUCCAGACCACAGGAAAACCAAGAGGUAAAUAAACCUAUCCGGUGGGGGAAAGAGUUGGGUCAAAAGCCUUCUCAUUUCUGUGAGUGCUAACCUGAAGUUCCUUCCCUCAUGUAAGAUUAUCUGCCCAUUUUGGCAGAACAUUUGUGUAAAACCAAACUUGCACACAUGGAACACCAAAGUCACCCACCUGGCUCCACCCACCUUAUUUUUAGGGUUGAAAUUUUAUCGCAGAACAAAUGUUAUCUUUCCUGAUUUGAGAAACAAGAAUGCUCCUACAGUGCCAUCACAUUCACCUGAUCAGUUAGUGGUGGCAUUAGUGCCUUGCUCCUCUAUUUGCCCUCUUAUAAAAUGGGCUCGGUAUACUAUUACUAUUACCUGUGUGUGUACAUACACACAUUAUACUGAGUGAUCUUACCCAUUUUUGAAAACUGUGCUUAGUUUUCAUUUUCGAUACAUCUUCUCGGUAAUUAAUCAUAAUGGCUGCAAUGGAAAUAGACAUACAUCCUAGCUAGCUGUCUGUAUGGUAGUUUAUUUUGUAUCUUACUGGCAAUACCAAGCAAUAGCUAAGGAGGUUGUGAAAUGAGAAUGGACUUAAAAAUCAAAGGCUAGGCUUUUUUUGGCCCCUGACGCUUUACGUACUUCGUAAUGCUACUAAUACACUUGAUGUCAGCUUGGGAACUUAGCACUGUAGCCCGACCAGAAAAACUCCCUGGUGUCUCCCAGAAUCAGGCAACCCUUAGGGAGAGGACACGCCCUCAGGUACAGCACCCGUGGCUUGCGCCUUAGGUAACCUCGAUUCCGGGCAGCGGCUCAGUACAACGGUGUCCUCGCUGGGUGCCAGCAGUCCAGUGCUCGCUGAUCCCGCAGCUGCGGAUCGGCUCUCGACCGCGCCGUCCCGCCGGAGACCCCUUGGCCAGCAGCCUGCCCAUGCUCUCAGCCACUAGGAGGGCUCGCCAGCUCUUCCAUAUCCUUUCUCCUGUCCCGAGAAUGGGAGACUCCGCUUCUAAGAUCGUCAGCCCCGAGGACGCCCUGCCGGGCCGGAAGGACCGAAUCCCUGUGGCGGCGGUAGGCGGAGGCAGGCGGAGCGCCUCUUCUCUUCUGUGCAACUUUGAGUCCUCAGUAAGGGAAAGCACGCAGUUGGGCCACUGGGCGGAUGGCCAUGCCAAACAUCAUGUCAAUGGCAACAGCACAGUCGAGCCUUUCCCAGAGGGAACACAGAUGGCUGUAUUUGGAAUGGGCUGUUUCUGGGGAGCCGAGAGGAAAUUCUGGACCCUGGGAGGAGUAUAUUCAACUCAAGUUGGUUAUGCAGGAGGCUACACUCCCAAUCCUACUUAUGAAGAAGUCUGCUCAGGAAAAACUGGCCAUGCAGAAGUCGUUCGAGUGGUGUACCAGCCAGAACGCAUCAGCUUCGAGGAACUGCUCAAGGUCUUCUGGGAGAAUCAUGACCCGACCCAAGGCAUGCGCCAAGGCAACGACCACGGCUCGCAGUACCGCUCGGCCAUCUACCCGACCUCCGACGCGCACAUGCAGGCCGCCCUGAGGUCCAGAGAGGACUACCAGAAGGUUCUGUCAGAGCAUGGCUACGGCCAGAUCACGACCGACAUCCGGGGUGAACAGACGUUCUACUACGCGGAGGAUUACCACCAGCAGUACCUGAGCAAGAACCCCCACGGCUACUGUGGCCUCGGGGGCACCGGAGUGUCCUGCCCACUGGGCAUUAGAAAGUAAUUUCUCCCCACGCUCCUGGCCCUUGAAGUCACAGCAAAAACAGUUUCAAUGCACUGGGCAGUUCUUUCGCAGCUCACGUCGGUGGCUUUUGGAAGCGCACACAGCACAGAGGCCUCCGUAUAAUCUGGUGUGCGGAGGUGUGAUUCACACGGAGUGCCCUGGCAGGUUGAUAACAUGGAAUUUACCUUCUAAUUAGUUGUGGGGGGAGGGGAGCUGUGAGAUUUUUGGAUCAUUUGGGGUCUGAAUGAGGAUAAUAAAUAUACUCUGUUGGCUUUUCUCUGGUCUGGGAGCCCGCCCUGGAAGCUGCAGAAGGAAGGGGGCAGCUGUCGGCCGGCCGGAGCGUGCUGGAAACGCUUCACCCGAGCCCUGUCCCCCUCACAUGCCCUGCGCCCACCAGUGCCUUAAAAUUUGCAAACAUUUAUAGCCUCGGUGAAUCAUUCACUAAAAUGCUUUGUUCUUUAACCCUGUCCAUGGGCAAGGGACUCUCUCUGUCUCUGCACGGCCCUCCUGUGGCAGAGAAAAUGGGAGUUAGCUUAAUCAAUUCUAGUGCGUUGCUUACAGCUAUGAAAGUGCUUGUUCUAAUAAAGUCUACAGUCUAAUAAUACAAGCUA